AUCCUCGUCUUCAUUGGUUGCUCAGACAGUGACAUUUUUCAACCAAUCAUGAUUCACUAAUCAGUCCAGGAGAGGGGAUAAAAGGGCAAGAGUCGUUGCGUCAUUAUGUUUUUCCUAUUUGUGUUUCUCCGAACGGUGGUGUCUGUGGUGAAGAAUUGCAAUGUCGGGUCGAGGAAAACAAGGAGGCAAAGUGAGAGCUAAGGCAAAGUCUCGGUCAUCUCGGGCUGGCUUGCAGUUCCCGGUGGGCCGUGUUCAUCGGCUUCUCCGGAAGGGUAAUUAUGCUGAGCGAGUUGGCGCUGGAGCCCCUGUAUAUAUGGCUGCUGUCUUAGAAUAUUUGACUGCUGAGAUUCUCGAGUUGGCUGGUAACGCUGCUCGCGAUAACAAAAAAACCAGGAUCAUUCCUCGCCAUUUGCAACUCGCCAUCCGUAACGACGAGGAGCUCAACAAACUACUAGGGAAAGUCACGAUUGCUCAAGGGGGUGUUCUGCCCAACAUCCAGGCUGUGCUGCUGCCUAAGAAGACCGAAAGUCAUAAAGCCAAGAGCAAGUAAAAUUAAUCUAGGAAAAACGAGAGAUCCGACUCUGCUUAAAA